AUGUCUCAAGUUCAAAGUUCCGCGUUGGCAGAUCUUGAGAAAGAGCUGAUUUGUACCGAGCUCCUCUACCAGCCCCUCACUCUCCUCGACUGCCUCCACACCUUCUGCGGAUCCUGCGUGAAAGAAUGGUUCUCCGCACAAGGAUCGCGUCGCUCCCAUGCCUCGCCUCGAUUUACCUGCCCGUCCUGUCGCACCGAAGUGCGCGACACCCGCCCAAAUGCCACCGUCACGACCCUGCUGGACAUGGUCCUGACCGCGCACCCCGAGCGUGCUAGAGCUGCAGAUGAAAAGGCGGAAAUUGCUACGAGGUACACACAAGGCGAGUCGGUGUUCCCGGCACUUCCUUCGGGCGGGGAGAGCGCGGAGGAUGGCGAGGACGAUAGACGCCUGCUGGAGGAUGUACGCGAGCUGAGUCUACGCGAAAGCCGGGCACAAGCUAGGCGCGAGGCCCGGCGAACGGGCCAGUCUUCGCGGACGCGCGAGAGGAGCACCCAUAUCGAGAGGCCUGCGGAGGACGCCCGGUCAAGGCGGAGGAGGGAUGAGGAUCCAACGCGGCAGCCACUCUGCGAUCAUUAUUGA